AUGGCUCUCACAAGAUCUGCAAAUACAAGCACAGCCAAGCCCUCUCUCCUGGGACGCCUGAAGGGCAAUCACCACACAACCACAACCACAACCACAACCACAACCAAGCACUCGACCAACCCAAUCACUGGAAGUCACACGACAACGACGACCAAAAAGGUCGAUGUGCAGAAGCGCAAGCCGACAAUGGGCGACAAAGUCAGCGGCGCCAUGAUGAAUCUCAAGGGCACUGUUACAGGCAAGCCCGGUGUGAAGGGAGCCGGAACCCGCAGAAUGAAUGGAACCGACGGCAAAGGCUCGCAUUACACGCGUACUUACUAG